AUGUUUGAUUACACGGAUUUACGUUUCUCGUUACAGUUUCUCCGCGGCUUUAUUCUUCAUUUCCGCAAGAUUAACUAAAAAUUUAAUAAAUUUGCUAUUCGUGAAUCUGGUAAUAGACUAAUAUGCCCUGUGUUGUGCCAACGUGCCUUCGAUCGGGUGGGACAAUGGUUACAUUUCCUGCCGAUAAACGGCUCGAGGAAAGAUGGUGUGAGGCUAUACAGCUUGGAACGGGAAACAAAAUUCAACUGGAGAGUGAUACAGAAAAACCGCUGAUAUGCGAGUUACACUUUUCAUUACCACACACGAAUGGAAAUAUCAGUUACGAAGAACCGAGCAAAUUCGUGACAAGCGAAGGAAGCAUCGAAGAGAUCGUAAGCUGUCGACUUUGCCUAAACUUUUAUCGAAAAGAAGAAAUGCUGUCGUUGAAGGGUUCUCUGGAUAAAGAUAGAAUUGAUACCCUGGCUGGUGAAUUAUUGAAUGUGUGCCUUCAAGAAAAUGAUCUGUUUCAGCUGGUUUGUCAAAACUGUGUCGCUCGUAUUGAAAUCGUGAAUUCCAUCCAAACAGCAUUUUCUGAUGCGGAGUUUACAUUCCAAAGGCUGAUUGAAAUUAGCGCAGGACAAAUCUGCUGCAUAAAAGAUGACUGUAAUAUGGAACUGGACUUUACUGAAGCCGAAACAGAUUUGUAUGAUGAGGAGGUGAUGAACACUGAAGACAGUACGCAGAGUGUUACACAAACGACAAAAGAAAUCAAAAUCGAAAGAGUAGAGUCGCCGGCGCUGAAAAGUCCUCCAGCAUCUCCAGAAAAAAAGACAUUGAGAGAAGCAUUAAAAAAAUGCUACAUCUGCAUCCAAGAGUUCAAAAAUCCAAGCCAGUUGCUAGAACACCUGACCGAAAAGCAUCUUUCCGCUGGCGGUUAUUAUUGCCACGAUUGUUCUAGAGAUUUGCCAACGCUAAUGCAGUACAAUCGUCACCUUAGUCGACAUGACGAAACGGAACGGCCUAUCAAAUGUCGCUUCUGUCCAAUGCGCUAUAUAACACAUGCUGGUGCAAAAGCUCACGAACGCCAAGAGCACCGCAAAAAUUCAACAAAACAAAAGCAGCCAAAAGAUCGGAACGUGGUUUGCGAACAAUGCGGCAAAUUUUUCUAUCCAAACACCAUUGGAAAUCACAUUCGCCAAAUGCACGAGAAGAAACAUCCUAAAUGCCAUCUUUGCGAACGCACCUUCACAAAUGGGGCUACACUGGCACGGCACAUGCUGCUACAUACCAACACCAAACCAUUCAGUUGUGAUCAAUGUGAAAAAACCUAUCGUCGUCAGUUAGAUCUUCGGCAUCAUAAGAGUCUAGUACAUGAUGGCAUUAAUCCGCACGUUUGUUCAGAAUGCAAUCAAGAAUUCAAGAGUUACCAGCGUCUCUAUAGCCACCGCCAAAGCGUUCAUCUAAAAAAAUUGCCUAAAAAAAGUAGAUUGGACUAUGUGGGACAGUUUAGAACGUGUCGUCUUUGUGACACGAAGUUUAAAAGAGAUAAAGAGUUGGUCGAGCACAUUUGUCAGGAACAUAGCACGGAGGAAUAUCCGAUGUGCUUUUGUACGGAGUGCUCGAGAUCCUUCUACACAUCCACACAACUGUCGAUACAUAAAAGCAUUCAUACGGACAAGUACGCGUGCACCGAGUGCGGAGCACGACAUAUCGACAAAACCACACUGCAGUUUCACAUGGAUACCAAGCAUUCGGACGGUAGCGUUUUCGAGUGUCCCGACUGUGAUCAAUCUUUCGCCAGCCGGUUUUAUUUGUAUCGUCACAGCAUUCUACACACGAAAGGCAAACGGUACCAGUGCGAUUUUUGUCCAAAAUCGUUCCUAACGACGAGCCAGCUGAAAACUCAUAGACGGACUCACACCGGAGAAAAACCAUUCGAGUGCUUCGUAUGUUUGGCGCGCUUUGGCGACGACGGAACAUUCAGCAAACACAAAAAACGUUGCAUGGCUGCGCUCUCCAACAAGAAUAAUGAAGCUGGGGAUGCAGCGAUCAAACACGCUACUACUAGAAAAGCUAGCAGAUCGGUGAAGUUGGAAUGAUUCCAAUAUAGUUAUGAAGUCGAUUGGUUCAAUUCUA